GGACCUGUGAGUGAGGACACCUCUCACAACUGCACCUCAGCCACAAGCACUGCGCUCCCCUCAGCCACACACUGCUAGAUAUGCAGGAGGCCCAGGAUUCCAUGGUGAUGCAAUGGUUGAGGAGGAAUUUCUGGAUCAUCUUAGCUGUGACCAUCAUCACUGUCUCUGUGCUUCUGGGUCUCAUGAUCUAUGGCAUCUGUAGGUGGCUGCUUAGAAAAGGCAAAAAGCUGGAAAUCACCAAAACCUGGAAACAAAAGCAAAAGGAUGAUGAAAAGAUGUAUGAGAAUGUGAGUCAGUCACCAGCUGGAUUACCUCCUCUGCCACCUAGGGGUUUGCUUUCUUCAGCAGACUCCACCCCACAGGAACGCCUACAUCAGCCACCAGUUAUGUACUCGAAGGUAAUCAAAGCUGGAAAGAAGACACCUUCCAUUCCAAGCUAUAUUGAGCCAGAAGAUGACUAUGAUGAUGUGGAUAUCUCCGCAACUAUGGAAAGACAUCAUUUUGAAUCAGCUGUUUCUUCUUUUUGGCAAGCUGAAGAGAAUUCACACAACUUAUUUUAAAAUAAUCAAGAAGGCUCAAGCUUUAAUAGGUAUCCCAGUCUGGAAAGUCAUCUGUAAUGUUAGGAAGUCCUGUUUAGAUGAGCACUUCAUGAACCUUAGAUGAAGAUGCUUCAGCGAACAGAGGAAAGAUGCUGAUGCUUAGCCCU